AAUGGAAUGUACACUGUGUUUUGUUUUAUAAACAAAACCUUGUAUUAUAACCUCACACAUCAGUGAUAACCAACUAUCGACAGCACACCAUCGAGAAGUUAAGAACUAAUAAGCACACUCUUAAGACUCUACACUCAGUAGUUGCACCACAGCAACAUGAAGUACUUGUUGAUUCUUCUCCUGGUCAUUCCUGUCUUAGAGGCAUAUGGGUAUGGCAGUCAGUUGGGCACAUCAUGCACGGCGACUGGGGAUCCACACUACAAAACAUUUGAUGGCAGACGCUAUAACUUCAUGGGAGCAUGUCAUUACGUUCAAGUGACUGACCACUGUAAGGUUGAUCAUGGCAGACCCAGACUGGGUACAUUUAAAGUCAUUGCUUUGAAUUGGAUGUGUGGAAGCCAUGUCAGCUGUGUUGUUUCAGUUGAGGUUGACAUAAGGGGGGAUAAGAUUUCUCUCAAACGAGGAACAUUUGCACCAGCAAACAAGGAGACUGCGCACUACUCGGUUCRAAGAGAGGGUAACUUUGUAGUAGUACGAACCAAGCCUGCUGGUUUGACCGUGAAGUGGGACAGGAGCAUGGGACUGCAUAUUUAUCUAACAUCACAAUUCAAGRGGAAGGUUUGUGGAUUGUGUGGUAACUUUGAUGGUAAUCAACACAAYGACUUCUUAAAAAGAAANGGUCAAAGUGCAGGCAACAAUGUGAACGACUUUGCCAAAUCAUGGCAGGUAGCAGGUGGUAGCUGCAGUGGCCAGGUACCAGUAGCACCAACACAUCCAUGCGAAAAGAACCCUCAUCGCCGUCAAAUAGCUGAAAAAGACUGUGCUGUUAUCCUUUCCAACCAYUUUAAAUUCUGCAAAGAUGCUGGUGUAGAUGUGGACUAUCUUUACCGUAACUGYCUGUAYGAUGUGUGUGCAGAGAAAACAGUUAGUAUGAAGGACAGCAGCUGUGAUGCUAUCAAAGAGGCGUCAUACGAAUGCAAAGAAAAGACUGGSAAGACCGUGACCUGGGGACACCUUGAACAAAAGUGCAAGUGCCAGCGAGAGCUCCAGAUGUAUGACUCAUAUCAGCAACUAGUUACCAAGUGCUGUGUUUUCCCCUUUGUGAAAGAUGGAGUCACACAUUACGACUGUGUCAAAUCGCCACAAGGUUCUUGGUGUUCAAGUGAGAAAGUUGCUACUGCUAGCUCUAUUGGAUAUUGCAUUGAUAGCAAUAGUCAGUACUGAUGGAAACCUAAGAUGUUUCACUUGGACUUUGUGACGUCAUCACUCAUGACGCAUACUGUGACGUACUGUGAUCUUGGACUUUUUGACGUCAUCACUCAUGACGUAUACUUUGACGUACCUGCGAUCUUGGACUUUGUGACGUCGUCACUCAUGACGUAGCAUAUAGCUUUGCUUUUAUCUUUUUCAACAAUGUAUUUCUAGUUAGGUAUAGGAAUAAAGGUAGUUUUGCUGUUUAAA